UGGCUUCAGCCACCUUGGCCCUCUACCUAACCUUCUAGUCUUCGACUGUCCACAGCCUCUGCAUUUGAGGACUGCGGCAGAAGGGACAACAAAUCUGGCGCUCAUCGAUCGCGACAACGACGUCGCUUCUUCGUCUAUUAGUGAUCGCCCCGCGUUCGGUCACCAUCGAAGACGAUCAUCUACGAGCAAUUCGUCUCCAGCACCCUCCAAUCGCGUCUCUCCUCUGCGUCUGGGCCACACGGCCCAGUACUUGCAGCCUACACUCAGCCCUAUACCCGGCACACCUAGCACUCCAAUGUCCCUUAGCCGAAGCCCGUCUCCCGCCCCCGGGGGAGGAGGGUGGUCCUCCCCAGGCCUCAACAUCAGCUCCAGCGGCCGAUCCAGCCCGGCGAAGUCAUCUUUCACAGGCCCCAAUGGGGGUACCGUAACGUGGGAAUCCGCAAGGCUAAAAAGCCAGGGUGUAACCGGCUAUCCCUCCUUUUCAACGCAAAAUCAGGGCUUCUUCACUAGGCAUAUGCGCCGCAUCUCGAGCAGUCUCCCUGUAUUCAAUAUGGCUGCAGAUGAUAGAUAUGCAGAAAAGGAAAAGCUUGGGCGGGGCAGAUGGAACGUGCCACUUCUCGGGAGAAUCAAGGCCGUGAUGGCGCGAAUGGGUAGGAAAUGGAAAAUAAGAGCAUUUGUAGCCAUGGUACUACUUUUUCUCUACCUAUUAUUCUGGAUCACUCCAGCCCUGUGGUACUAUUGGAGAAGAACGGCCUGGCUAGGCGGCGGAGAGAAAUUCGUCAUCAUACUAGCCGCAAACAUUGGGGGCGGUGUGAUGGAGUGGAAAGGUGCGCGAGAGUGGGCCAUUGAAAGGGAUAGCGUGAGGAACAAGCGGAAGUAUGUCGCGAAUUGGGGUUACGAUCUCGAGAUCGUCGACAUGAGCACCAAGAAGCGAUAUGCGCAUGAAUGGCGAGAAAGCUGGGAGAAGGUAGACAGCAUUAGGAACACCUUCAGGAAAUACCCCAAAGCCGAGUGGAUUUGGUGGUUGGACCUUAAUACAUUUGUUAUGGAGCCAUCCUAUUCGCUCCAGAAACAUUUGUUCGACAACUUGGACCAGCGCAUCUAUCGUGAUAUCAACGAAUUCAACCCUCUCAACAUCACACAUCCGCUACAAGCCGACUAUCUAGAUCCAGACUCGACAAGCCCUGUAGGAGACGGCAAUGUCGAUUCCGUUAACCUCAUCCUCUCUCAGGACUGUUCGGGUUUCAACCUCGGCUCCUUUUUCGUCAGACGUAGCGACUGGACCGAUCGCAUGCUAGAUAUAUGGUGGGACCCAGUAGCAUAUGAGCAAAAGCAUAUGGAGUGGGAGCACAAGGAACAAGAUGCGCUAGAGCAACUAUAUACGACUCAGCCGUGGAUUCGGAGCCAUACUGCUUUCCUGCCACAACGUCUCAUCAAUAGCUUCCCCGUCGGCGCAUGCUCCGCCAAUGGAAACGAUUCCCGGAUACACUACAAUCAGGAUGAUCGAGAUUUUGUAGUGAAUAUGGCAGGUUGUGAAUGGGGUCGUGACUGUUGGGGGGAAAUGUACAACUUCCGCGAACUCAGCUACUACCUAAACCGGAAUCCGUGGGAACGAUUCAAGGAGGAUCUCAUUGCCGUUAUAUGGUUCAAGCUGACUGGUCAGAAAGUCAAGUUAUAGGAUAACUUGCUCUAGUCAAGUCAGUGCUGCCUUAAUCCA